GCAGCGAGCUGAGAGGCGCUGCUGGUGUCAGAGCCAGACGAGCGCUUGCAGUUCCGCGGAGGGGAUGCUGAGGAGCGCUGGGUCCGCGAGCAGCGCUGGCUAUUGCGGACUUCCGAGGCACCUCAGGCCGUGAGAACCCCUGCGUCUCGACCAAAUCCAGGGCCCCAAGGCCAUUCACUGUUCCAGAAGCCAGUCUGGGAGAAGAGUCCAGCACAGCAGUAGCCGUCUCCGGAUCCUGAGCGUUCUGGAACCCCGAGAGACACCCUGGGGUUCUCGAACCUCCCCCAGCAACUCCCAGCUCCAGCUUCCUGCGUGCGUCCGUCCGUCCGUCCGAGACACCCCACCCGUGCUCUAAUCUCGGCGAGCCGCGACUGAGUGCUGGUGCACACACCAUGAUCGUUGCGGACACCGAGUGCCGCGCGGAGCUCCAGGGCUAUCUGCCGUUCUCCCGGGGCGGCGUAGGCGCCCCUGGGACCGGAGAGGAACAGAAGGAGAGCCGGUCUCGUCGAGGCCGAGGACCCAGCGCCUUCAUCCCAGUGGAGGAGGUUCUUCGGGAGGGGGCUGAGAGCCUUGAGCAGCACCUGGGACUGGAGGCGCUGAUGUCCUCAGGGCGGGUGGAUAACCUUGCCGUGGUGAUGGGCCUGCACCCUGACUACCUCAGCAGCUUUUGGCGCUUACACUAUCUGCUGCUGCACACAGAUGGGCCCCUGGCCAGUUCCUGGCGCCACUACAUUGCCAUCAUGGCUGCUGCUCGCCACCAGUGUUCUUACCUGGUGGGCUCCCACAUGGCUGAAUUUCUGCAGACUGGUGGUGACCCUGAGUGGCUGCUGGGUCUCCAUCGGGCCCCGGAGAAGCUGCGAAAACUUAGCGAAAUCAACAAGUUACUGGCACAUCGGCCGUGGCUCAUCACCAAGGAGCACAUCCAGGCCUUGCUGAAGACUGGGGAACAUAGCUGGUCUCUGGCCGAACUCAUCCAAGCCUUGGUCCUCCUCACUCACUGCCACUCACUGGCCUCUUUCGUGUUUGGCUGUGGCAUCCUUCCUGAGGGAGAUCCAGAGGGAAGUCCUGCCCCUCAGGCACCAUCACCCCCCAGUGAGCAAAGCAGUCCUCCAAGUGGGGACCCACUGAACAAUUCUGGGGGUUUUGAGUCUGCCCGGGAUGUGGAAGCUCUAAUGGAACGCAUGAGGCAGCUGCAGGAGAGCCUGUUGCGGGAUGAAGGAGCCUCCCAGGAGGAGAUGGAGAGCCGUUUUGAGCUGGAGAAGUCGGAAAGCCUGCUGGUGACUCCCUCAGGCCUGGCUCCAGCUGAAGUCCUGCUCCCACUCACUAGCGACGGACUCUCUCUGGCUCUCUGCUCUGCCUCCCCAUGCCCCCCUUUGAUGAUUAAUCAGGAGUGGAGCCCUUUGUGCUCCAUGUCUCGACCUCACGGUGACCUCUUUCUGACAUGGUCCUCAGCUGACAUCCUGGAGCCCUCUCCGCACCCAGACAUGCUGUGCUUUGUGGAAGACCCCACUUUUGGAUAUGAAGACUUCACUCGGCGAGGGGCUCAGGCCCCACCCACCUUCCGUGCUCAGGAUUAUACCUGGGAAGACCAUGGCUACUCACUGAUCCAGCGGCUGUAUCCUGAGGGUGGGCAGCUGCUGGAUGAGAAGUUCCAGGCAGCCUAUAGCCUCACCUACAACACCAUCGCCAUGCACAGUGGCGUGGACACCUCCAUGCUCCGCAGGGCCAUCUGGAACUACAUCCACUGCGUCUUUGGCAUCAGAUAUGAUGAUUAUGAUUAUGGGGAGGUGAACCAGCUCCUGGAACGGAACCUCAAGGUCUAUAUCAAGACAGUAGCCUGCUACCCAGAGAAGACCACCCGAAGAAUGUACAACCACUUCUGGAGGCACUUCCGCCACUCAGAGAAGGUACAUGUGAACUUGCUACUCCUGGAGGCCCGUAUGCAAGCUGCCCUGCUGUACGCCCUCCGUGCCAUCACCCGCUACAUGACCUGACUCCCUCCCACGUAGGAACCAUACCUGGAGCAGCUGAUCCUGGGGAUACCCUCCUCCCUGGAAGAAUUCCAUCUGGAGACAGAUCUGGGACCCUUUCAGUUCCAUGCCCAUCCCCACCCUGCUGUGGGUGGGCUUGUGUGAUGUGCAGCCCCCGAGCCACACCCUCUUUUUUUCUCACUGGAAUGGACAGGAUCACUGCACUGACUCUGGGAUCUCAGCUCUGUCCCUGGGAACUGGAAGAGGAUUAGGAGAUCCCAAGGGGCUAUGCAUUUUUCCUUCCCCUGCCCCCCAGAGGCAGAGGGCAUAGAAGGGAAAUGUGCCAACCUCGGACUUGUGUGCCAGCAGGCUGAGCCCCAGGCACCACAAGUGCUGUGGCCUUCCUGGACUGGGAAGUCCCUGGCUAGCCCCUGUGAGAGAGGGCCAAAGACCUCCGGGGACUAACACUCCAGGCAGCUUUGCCUUCUCUCCCCCAUCAUUCUCAGAGUUCAUUACCUCCCACUUGAACACCCAUUAAUGUGAAAGCCAGGGUCACAGCUGGCCUGUAUGCCCUGUUCCCCAAAAGCCUUUUCUGUUGGGCAGAAUGGAGACCCCUGGUACCCUCGUUGCCUGAAUCCUAGUUUAGUUCUCUUACCUUCUUUGCCCUUGUAUGCCUUUCUCCGAUGAUUUGAGGUGGGAGACCCCAGGAGAGAGGCCAGACCGAACCUUUUGGAUGUGAACUGUUUCUGGAGAUUUGGAGCCACUGUUGGUCACUUUGCCUUCCGAAGAAGAAGUAUUUGAUGAUA